UGUUAAACAAAUAGCUCAGAACGUCUAAUCGUUUCGAUUCACUGGUGAAACGUGGGUGCUCUUAGCAAUGACUACCAUAGUCUGGUCUGUCAAUAAUGUUGUUCGGUCAGACGCGAUCUACGAGAGUUAGAGUGAAGUUCUUAACUAUGCAUCUUGCACAUACCGUUCGGAAAACAAGAUUCCUGUGAGAAACCUUCGCAUGGACAAAUGGCUCCAAGAUAGAAAGCUCUGGCUCUUCGGUAGCACGCUACCCCUGCUACCAAGGUCACGCGCGCCAAGCAAGGCGAUGGAGCGGUACGAACGGCUGGCGCGGCUUGGGGAGGGUAGCUAUGGUGUCGUCUUCCAGUGCAGAGAUCGACAAACUGGAAAAUUGGUGGCUGUAAAAAAAUUUCAACAAACUGAGGAUGACCCCCUUAUACGAAAAAUCGCACUACGUGAAAUACGGCUACUUAAGAAUCUUAAGCACCCCAAUCUGGUAAAUCUAUUGGAAGUAUUCAGAAGGAAAAGGAAGCUACAUCUGGUUUUCGAAUACUGCGAGUACACUUUGCUAAACGAGAUGGAGAGAUAUCCCUGUGGUUGCCCAGAAAUCACUACGAAGCAACUCACGUGGCAAAUUCUACAAGGUGUCGCGUAUUGCCAUCGACUGGGUUGUGUCCAUAGAGAUGUAAAACCCGAGAACAUUUUAAUCACAGCGGAUGGAGUAGUGAAAUUGUGUGACUUCGGCUUCGCGCGAAUGCUCAGUCCCGGUGAAAAUUACACAGAGUACGUCGCAACUAGAUGGUACAGAGCACCUGAAUUACUGGUUGGCGAUACUCAAUAUGGUACACCAGUAGAUGUAUGGGCAAUUGGCUGUGUCUUUGCAGAAUUAAUACGUGGAGAAGCAUUAUGGCCAGGUAAAUCAGAUGUGGAUCAACUAUAUCUAAUUCGAAGAACUAUUGGUGACUUAUUACCAAGGCAUGUGGCCAUUUUCCAGCAGAAUGAAUUUUUUGCUGGUAUUACAUUACCAACACCUCAAACACUUACUCCCUUAGAAGAUGCUUUACCUAAUAGAGGAAAUACUGCUUUACAGCUCGAUUUUCUCAAAAAAUGUUUGGACAAAGAUCCUGAUCAGAGGUGGACCUGUGAACAACUUUUACAGCAUUCCUAUUUCGAAAAUUUUCAUUUCAAAAUGCCUGAAGCAGAAAUGGAAGAAUUUGAAAAACUCAAGAAAUAUAGGGAUCGCUCAAGAAAUAGUAAUUGCAGUCAAAUAUUGCCACAACUUCCUAAGGCUGGUGCUUCAAUACACAGCCAAAAUGAAAGCAGACCGAGAAGCUCUUCUAUGCAUCAUCGGCAAGAUUUUGAUCACCUACCUACUAUUAAAGGUUGAAACUAAGGUCUUCUGUGAUUAUAAAGUACUUGUACAGGAUGCCAGCAAAACUAAGAACACUAAUUUGGGAUCCAAUAAUUAACACAGCUCUGAGCAAAUAAUUCCAAUAUGCAUAUGUUUGUAAAUGAUGUUAUACAGAUAUUGUUAAAAAGCUUCAUAUACCAUAAACUCUUACAUUUCGUUUUAUUCUUAUUUUUAUUAAGAUUUAUGUUUGGUCAACAUACAGAAGUAGAAUUUCAUUUACCAUAUAACUAUGUAGGAGAAGAAUUAAUUGUAUGAUAGAUAUAUUAUGAUAAGAAAACAAAAUGAGAAAAAUAAUAAAUAGGGAAAGACAAUAGAAGAUUAACAUAUCAUAAUAAUGUUUUGAUUUAGUCAUACCAAAUUAUUUUCGUGUAGCAAAGUAUACUUUUCAAAGUAUGUUUGACAGAUUUGAACUUUGUUUGGUCUCAAUAAUAAACAAACAAUGGAGCAUGAAGCACUUUAACAAUAUUUAUUAGGGAAAAAUAUGCAAAUGUAUUCUUAUUUGAUCUGAUUUAUUCUAUCAGACCCUGAUCUAAGGUCUUUAUUUUUUAAUGCAUCCUGUGUUCUCUUUUUCUCUCUUGUGCCUUAUAUAUAGACAUACAUAUGUACAUACCAUUUAUUUAUUUAAACUUUACAAAUAUUUUUUGUAAAUGAAUCAUUCUUAAUACCUUUUAUUUGUAUUUGCACAUUUAUCUUUGAAUUACUGAUGAUUUUAUUUUAUUAA